AUGGAGCCUCUCAACGUCUUGAUGAUCGGUACUGGUGAGUACACCACGGGCUUCGUAGGAGGCGGUGCCUCUGGCUCGGACAAGAAGGUCGGUGUCGUCGGCCUGUCAAUGUUUGACCUACGCCGGAGAGGCAAGGUUGGCAAGCUGGGCAUGGCCGGUGUCAACGGCAAGAAGUUCCCAGCCAUUCGGGAACAUCUCAACAAGAAUAUCCAGCAGGUCUACAACAACCUAGACACCUCGUUUGAUUCUUUCCCCGACAACAACACGGUCGACCCGGAUGCUUUCAAGAAGGCCAUCGACCAGCUCAAGCCCGGUGAUGCCAUCACCAUCUUCACCCCUGACACAACGCACUUCCCCAUCGCGCUCUAUGCGAUUGAGCGCGGAAUCCAUGUCAUGAUCACAAAGCCCGCUGUCAAGCUCCUUGAGCACCACGUCAAGCUCAUCGAGGCUGCGCAAAAGACCGGUGUCUAUGUCUACAUCGAGCACCACAAGCGCUACGACCCGGCCUACGCGGAUGCCCGCUUCCGCGCCCAGAAGCUCGGCGACUUUAACUACUUCUACAGCUACAUGUCGCAGCCCAAGUCCCAGCUCGAGACCUUCAAGGCCUGGGCCGGUGUCGAGUCCGACAUCAGCUACUACCUAAACUCGCACCACAUUGACGUCAACGAGUCCAUGGUCACGCAGCUCGGCUUCGUCCCCGUCAAGGUGUCCGCCUCGGCCUCCAAGGGCGUCGCGACCGGCCUGGGCUGCAACGAGGCCACCGAGGACACCAUCUCGCUGCUCGUGCACUGGGAGAAGGCGGGCGAGCCGGGAAAGCAGGCCACGGGCGUCUACACGGCGUCGUGGACCGCGCCCCAGAAGGCGGGCGUGCACUCCAACCAGUACUUCCACUACCUGGCCGCCAACGGCGAGAUCCGCAUCGACCAGGCCAAGCGGGGCUACGACGUCGCCGACGACAGCGCGGGACAGCUCAUGUGGUACAACCCCUUCUACAUGCGCUACGCGCCGGACGAAGACGGCAACUUCAACGGCCAGACCGGCUACGGCUACGUCUCGAUGGAGAAGUUCGUCGACGGGUGCCGCGCCGUCAACGCCAAGACCCUGACGCCCAAGGACCUCGACAACAAGGGCCUGCCGACGCUGAGGAACACCAUCGCCACGACGGCCAUCCUCGAGGCCGGCAGGAGGAGUAUCGAUGAGAACAGGGAGGUCAGGAUCGAGUCUAAGGAUGGGGCGUGGAAGUUGGUUUAA